AUGAUGUACCCAGACCAACCUACGCCGCCAUUCAAAUCGCCCUACCAACUCCGGGCUCCAGAGACAGGCGCCCUCAUGGAAUCGCCCUAUCCUUCGCCAGGGCGAGGAGAAUCGCAGUCCAAGUACCCGCAAGGUCUCGGUCUAUACGAAGUUCAGCCUACAUUCCCUCCAUCACCUCAGCCGUCACCAAACUGGACUAGUCAAUUUGCAACCGUUUCUUCACCGGGAGAUUUCAUUGCCAACCCAUAUCUCUCGGGGGCUCUCGACCAUCCAGUAUCUCGCUCGCCCUUGCCCUGGUCAUCUGCACAAGUAUCUCCUCGUUCGUCUCUGUCAUAUACACGCGAAAUGUCGACAUUUUCUCAUGAUGGCUCAGAGCAAGCGUACCCUAGUGCGGCGAAGGUCGAAACUCCGGGAUGGAGCCCACAGGUUCAUUUCAGUACAGACAGUCCAGGACAGAUGCAUGUACAUGCAAACUCGAGGCAAUCUUCCCUCACAGUAGCACCAGAAAGGCUCAGCGCAGGCAUGUAUGCGUACGAGAAUGCAUACCCCUCACCAGUCCUGCUCCGAAGCGAAGCGAAUCCCAUGUACCACUACAACGACAUGGUGUACGAGAGAGCACCGUCAGAGGGAAGCCUGCACAGCCCACAGUCUCGAAAAGCCUGCCCUAGCCUCGCCGUCACAGCCGUACAACGCAGACAAACUCGUAACCGCAGACAUACGGAUCCAGCUCACGCUGCAUACCUGUGCAAGCUUUGUCCUGACAAGGGGUUUGCCAGGAAACACAACCUGACGCAGCAUUUGCUCAUACACGAGGCAGUGCGCAGAAAAGACCAUGUAUGCCCUCACGAAGCAUGUGGAAAGGAGUUUGUACGCAGGGCAGACUUGGUACGUCACGACGAGUGUGUGCACAAGAAGAGGAAGCCAUGGCAGUGCGAGAAGUGCUCUGCUGUGUUUGGCCGCAAAGACACGUUGGCAAGGCAUAGGAGCGAUGGGUGUUCCCGUCGUACGGAGGUGAUAAGUUCCGGAGUCGUCAAUUCACAUCUGUGA